AUGACACGUACCCUCAUCAUCUUCGGCGCGGGGCCAGGAAUCGGUAAUCACGUGGCUUCUGAAUUCGCGUCUAAAGGCAUUGAGCAUGUCAUCCUUCUGUCGCGCAACACAGAACGUCUCGAGAAGGAAGAUGCGCCUUUUGUCAGCAAAAGCAACUCCUCCGUCAGAGUCGACACCCUGCGCAUCGAUCUUGCGGAUACAAAGGCUAUCCCGGAUGUACUAAAGCAGCUAGACAGCAUGACCGAAGGCGAGGACGUAGAAGUCGUCUUCUUCAACGCUGCUCGCGUAAAGCCAAGCGAUGUCCUGGGUGUCAGCGUGGAGGAGAUUGAGGAAGACUUUAAGACCACGAACCUCGCCCUCUACGUCAUAGCACAGCACUACAUACCCAGACUCCAGAGCCUGGCCAAGUCAAACUCGUCGCUUAAGCCCGCUCUUCUCGUUACAAACAGCCAUCUGCCGUGGGAUCCUGUGCCGCAACUCCUUUCGCUGAGUCUGGUGAGGGCUUCGCAGAAGAAUAUGGUGGAGAGCUUCAGUCGUGCGUUCAGUGAUAGCGGUGUGCACAUCGGGCUUAUCUAUGUCGAGGGAGUUGUAGCACCGGAGAAUAAGGUGUUGAAUCCGAAGACGAUUGCGGAGAGGACUGUGGCAUUUUGGGAGGGUGGGGUGGGGGUUGGCGUUCACAUCGAGGAAGUGUAA